GGGGAAAUAGCUGUUGCUAAAAUCGGAUAUUUCCGAAAUAAUUAUAAUUCUGACUACGCCCUUAAGCUAUCAUUUCGGAAUAGCUGAACACAUAUCUCAACAAGAUGGUGAAGUCAAGCCUUGCAUGUGGACUACAGGAAUGUUUGAGUAAAGAAUGGAUGGGAGAUAACUUCAGGGACUUUAGAGUUGUGGUUGAUGGCUCAGAGUAUUUCUGUCACAAAUUUAUUCUAAGUGCCUGCUCCUCGUUUUUUAGAGGUCUUUUUCGAACAAAUUUAAGAGAAAAGCAGGAAGAGAGGGUUAAGUUGCAUGACAUGAGUAAAGAGACUUUUGAUGUUAUUAUCAAUUCUAUUUAUAAAGGUGUAGAUGGUCUUACAAUGGACAAUGUCCUGAAUCUAUGGCAGGCAGUGCACCUACUAGAUAUUUCAUUUCUUAUUCAAGAAUGUGAGAUAUUUGUAAUGGAAAAUAUGUCCUUGGAUAAUUAUAUUACAUAUUAUCAUAUGGCAAAGCUUCUGCAGUCAGAGACCGUUAUUAAUUUUUCGAUUGGAUUUAUGAAGAAACAUUUUGAACAUUUUCAAAAUACUGAAACCUUUCUGGAGCUUUCUUUUCCAUUGUUGUUUUCCUUGAUUGAUGAUGACAGUUUGAAUGUAAAUUCAGAAGACUUAGUUUUAGAAUCAAUCAUAAAAUGGGUUUUGUAUGAGCCUGUACAUAAGAAAUCAAGUCAAGGGAAAGAUAUGGAUUUCCAGGAUACUUCAUCAGAAGAAGAGAAUUCAAAAACUACUUUUAAUAAAACCGAUUGUGGGGUUCAAGAUCAGUUUGAAGCAGACGUCCAAAAGAACUCAGACAAUGAAACCAAAGGCGAUAGAACAAGCAUUGCAAACAAGGAUAGGUUAGACAGAAAGGAAUGUAUCGUUGGACUUUUAUCUACAGCCAGAACAUUUUUAGCCAGUCGAAGUUAUCUCGAGAGAAUUCUGAUUCACCCGUUGAUAAAGUCUUUUGAUGAAGCCCAUGAAAUAGUUUAUGAAGCUUUGUUGUAUCAAUCGAGAUCUGUUUCUUUCCCAACUAACUUUUUCAUCCCUCAUAGAAACUGUAGCGGCAAACGAAAUGUUAUGGUUUUCGUGAAAAGUCAGAAAUUACAUUGCUUUGAAUUAAACAGUUAUAAUAAUUCUAAACCCAGUGUUAAAGUACAUUGUUACAACAUUUACACAAAGUCAACUCAGGAUGUAAACUUUGAAGGCCCAGCCAAUCACAUUAAAAGUUUUUCAACUGGAGCCAGAAAGACUUUUAUUCUACAGAAAAAUGGUGCUCUUAGAUCACCAGAAGAUGUUGACUCAAGUUUGGUGAAAUCUUUACCGGGCAUUAUUGGAAGGAUAAACGUUGUUGAAAUUGAAAGUGAAUCCAAUUUAGUUCCAUUGGUCAUACCAGAAUCUUGGCUCACUCAGCCGUAA